UUUGUUUGAUAUCGUUUCGUUCGUUCGUGUUCGUGUGUGAGUUAGGCCCCUGGUGAAACGUAACAGCUCGGCGCUCGGGCUGUCAUUGUGAGUCACAGUACGCCAAUUGCGACGCUAGGGCAGAAAUCCGACAUGUUCCGUGCUAGCGCGAUCGACAAACUACUCGAUAAAGCAACGGACCACUGUCAAUUAGAUCCCAACUAUUCUACAAUUCUUCAGAUUUGUGAUACUAUCCGUCAAGGAGACUGCCAACCCAAACAAGCCUUAGCAGCUAUUACGAAGAAAAUCACCCAUGAUAAUCCUCAUGUUGCAAAUUUUGGAUUACUGGUUUUAGAGUCAGUCGUAAAGAAUUGUGGAAGCCCAAUUCACAAUGAGGUUGGCACUAUUCAUUUUAUGGAACAACUGCGAGAAUUGCACAAGGCUUCCCCUCAUGAAAUUGUAAAAACUAAAAUUCUUGAGCUUCUUCAAGCUUGGGCUUUUGCUUUUCGCAACACUCCUAAGUACCGUGCUGUGCAGGACAUAGUGACAAUAAUGAAGGCGGAAGGACACACAUUUCCUCCUCUGAAAGAGAGUGAUGCUAUGUUCAAAGCUGAAACUGCUCCUGAGUGGGCAGAGGGAACUGUUUGUUUUAAGUGUCGGCAAGUCUUCAGCAUGGUCACCCGCAAGCAUCACUGCAGAGCUUGUGGGCAAGUCUUUUGUGGCACUUGCUCCUCAAAAACUUCUCUUGUACCUAAAUUUGGUAUUGAAAAGGAAGUCCGUGUUUGUGAUCAAUGUUACCAGCAAAUAAAUAGUCGUGCUGCUCCUUCAGCCACCACUAAAGUUGAAUCAGAGUUGCCUGCAGAGUAUUUGAACAGCUCACUUGCACACCAAAGCCAAGCUGCACCAAGGCGCACUGAGGAUGAGCUUCGCGAAGAGGAAGAACUGCAGUUGGCAAUCGCUCUUUCUCAGUCAGAGGCAGAAGAGAAAGAAAAACUGAAAACAAAGUCUCCUCAUCUUUCAUCUCUGAGUUCCCAUCUGUCUGCUGUUAAGUCUGAACCAGUCUUGCAUGCUGAACAAGAUCCUGAGAUGGCAAGGUAUUUAGAUCGAUCGUAUUGGGAUCAGAAGAAUAAAGAAGAGACAAGUAAAGUGCCGUCGGCUCCAUCUCAUGUUAACUCAUCCCCCUCUCCUCAACCUGCAUCAAGCGCUCAGAGCAAUCACCAAUUAUCUAAUACAUCAGCUAAAUCAAACACAAGUGCUACUCUUGUUAGCAAUCCAACUCAAGUAGAUGUUUCCCUGAAGCUUCAACAAAAUGGAGUUACUGAAGAUAUUGAGAUUGAUGAUUUUGUGAGCACUCUCAGGGGUCAAGUGGAAAUUUUUGUUAACCGCAUGAAAUCUAAUUCAUCAAGGGGCCGAAGCAUAGCAAAUGAUAGCUCAGUGCAAACUCUUUUCAUGAACAUCACUGCCAUGCAUUCUCGCCUUCUGCGAUACAUUCAACAGCAAGAUGAUAGUCGAGUUCACUAUGAAGGUUUGCAAGACAAAUUGGCUCAGGUAAAGGAUGCACGAGCAGCAUUGGACGCACUUCGAUUUGAGCAUAGAGAGAAAUUAAGGCAGCAGGCUGAAGAAGCUGAGAAAUUGAGACAGAUUCAAAUGGCCCAGAAACUUGACAUUAUGCGUCAGAAAAAGCAAGAAUAUCUCCAGUACCAGAGGCAACUUGCUCUGCAAAGGAUACAGGAACAAGAGCGGGAAAUGCAGAUGCGCCAAGAACAGCAAAAGCAACAAUAUCUUAUGGGUGGAGUACCUUACAACCGUUUCAUGCCCCCUGGUCCUGGAGGUAUGCCUCCUGGUGGUGUGCUUCCAGGAGGUCUUCCUUCUGGUCUGCCCCCAUACUCAACAGGCCCCAUGUACUCACAGCAAGCUCAUCCAUCUUACCUGGGCCAUCAGGUUCCCUUUGCAGGGCACAUACCUCAAGGAAUGAUGCAUGGCUCUCACAUGGGAUCUAACCAAAUGCCGUCAGCUGGAGCAGGAGGUCCUCAACAUGGCCAAAUGAGCCAUGGAGGCCCACAACCUGGUCAACUAGGUCAUGGAGGCCAACAACCUGGCCAAAUGAUUGGACCACAACACAAUCAAAUGGGUCCGGGAGUUCAACACGGCCAGAUGGGUCCUGGAGGUCCUCAUCCAGGUCAGAUGGGUCCUGGAGGUCCUCAUCCAGGCCAGAUGGGUCCUGGAGGCCAACAGCCAGGCCAGAUGGGUCCUGGAGGUCCUCAGCCAGGGCAGAUGGGGCCCGGAGGUCCUCAGCCAGGCCAGAUGGGGCCUGGAGGUCCACAACCAGGCCAGAUGGGGCCCGGAGGUCCUCAGCCAGGGCAGAUGGGCCCUGGAGGUCCUCAGACCGGCCAUAUGGCUUCUGGACGGCCUAUGGUUGGACCUCAAAUGGGUCAGCUGGGACCCACAGCCCCUCAACAUGCCCAAAUGGUGCCCAUGGGGAUGCCCCAAACCGGUCAAAUGUCUGGACCUCACAUGGGAGGUAUGGGCCAUGUGCAAAUGCAGCAAGGGCACAACCCAGAAGUUAAAAGAGAGAGUGAAGAACUAAUAUCUUUUGACUGAGUACGAUCAACUUGAAUAUUAAUUUAAAAUUUUAUGGAUGCAGUUUUUAUUAUUAUUGAGUAAAUAUAAACUGUUUAUAUGCUAAGUAAAUUGUUCAUUCCCUUA